UCCAUCAAAUUUGAGCAUUUAAAGUGUCAUACCUGUGUUUUGCACCAUAAAAUUUCAUUGUUCAUUGUUAAAUUACGAAUUAUUGAUGAACAUAGAAAGGCCAUCGCUGAAAUUAUCCCGUUGAAAGUGUAUUCAAUUCGUUAAGCAUAGUCCGAUCGUUAUCUAUUUGUCCGGAAGCUGGGAAUUCCGCUGCAAUUUCACGAACGAAAAGUAUCAUUUUGAGUCAAAACUUCGUGUUAGAAAAAAAUUUCUGAAAUAAAUGGCCGCAUUAUCUCGUCGUAUUAUUAAAGAAACGGUGCGACUUCUUCAGGAGCCCGUACCCGGAAUUUCAGCCGUUCCCGACGAGAAUAAUGCCAGAUACUUUCACGUCAUCGUAACUGGACCGUCAGACUCACCAUUCGAGGGUGGUCUCUUCAAAUUGGAACUCUUUCUGCCUGAAGAUUAUCCAAUGUCCGCACCAAAAGUUCGGUUCAUCACAAAAAUUUAUCAUCCAAACAUUGAUCGCUUGGGUAGAAUAUGUCUCGAUAUUUUGAAAGAUAAAUGGAGCCCGGCCCUACAAAUUAGAACGGUUUUGCUUUCAAUUCAAGCUUUGCUUAGUGCCCCAAAUCCCGAUGAUCCUUUGGCCAAUGAUGUUGCCGAAUUAUGGAAAGUCAGUGAAUCAGAAGCAAUCAAAAACGCUAAGGAAUGGACUCAACGAUACGCUAUGGGGAAUUGAAAAAAAAGGCAAAUGUACAUGAACUUUUAACAUAAAUUUUAUGCUACUAUUAUGAACUAUGUGAAUGAAUAAGUUAAAAUACAACACGAUUCGAAAACAUAAUCGCAAAAAUGUUAAAAAUAAAAAUUUGAUUGAGGAUUAUACAAAAUAAACUAAGGCUAUUCUCUGAAA